AUGGCAUCAAAAGAGUCACAAGGCAAGAAGAAAUGUGCCGUACUAGGCGCGACUGGCUCUGUCGGACAACGAUUCAUUCUGCUGUUAGCCGACCAUCCUACGCUACAUCUUCAAGCAGUCGGAGCCUCGUCAAGAUCUACCGGAAAGCUCUAUAAAGAUGCUGUGCGGUGGAAGCAGGCGAGACCCAUGUCAGCAGAACUAGCCAACCUCGAGGUCCGAGAAUGUAAAGCCAGCAACUUUACAGAUUGCGACUUGGUCUUCUCUGGUCUGGAUAGCGACGUCGCCGGCGACGUUGAAAUGGAGUUCCUGAAGGCCGAGCUUCCUGUUUUUUCCAAUGCAAAGAAUUACAGAAGAGAUCCGAUCGUGCCUCUCGUGGUGCCUACGGUCAAUUUGUCGCAUCUAGGUCUCAUCCCCCAUCAACGGAAACACUUUGGCCUGAAGAAGGGGUUUCUAGUCUGCAACUCCAACUGCGCCGUUAUUGGCAUAGUGAUACCGUUUGCGGCCCUGCAAGCCAAAUUUGGACCCGUCGAGGACGUCGAAGUCUUCACGGAGCAAGCAGUGUCAGGGGCUGGAUACCCGGGAGUUCCAAGCAUGGAUAUCAUGGACAACGUCAUUCCAUACAUCGCCGGCGAAGAAGACAAACUCGAAACAGAAGCACAGAAGAUUCUCGGCUCCAUCAACUCAGAAGCAACAGCUUUUGAGGAGCAGAAAGGACUCACGGUGGGCGCCACGUGCACACGCGUCGGUGUUACGGACGGUCAUAUGGCUUUCGUCUCUUUGAGGUUCAAACAGAGACCGCCACCAAGUGCCGAGCAAGUCAAACAAGCCCUGAGGGAAUAUGUGGCGGAUGCGCAGAAGCUGGGAUGUCCAUCUGCCCCAGAGAAGGCCAUAGUUGUUUUUGACGAACCGGACAGACCUCAACCACGACUUGACCGAGAUAUUUCGGGUGGCUACGCUGUCAGUGUGGGACGAGUUCGCGAGACCGCCAAAGGGUCGCAUUUCGACAUCCGAUUUGCUGCAUUGAGCCAUAAUACAGUCAUUGGCGCAGCAGGGUCUUCGAUACUGAAUGCGGAGGCUGCCAUCAUCCAAGGCCUGAUAUAG